AGUUCUUCGUGUGAUGGCAGGUAAGGUUCUUUAGAGAGGGUUUUGUCUGGAAACAUCCCGACUCUCCAACAACAGCUAAGCAGAUCUAAUUGAUCCAGUCAAUGGAAUAACACUCAGCAAUUAAAAAAGAAACCAGGACUAGACACAUGGCUUGGCAGUUAAGCGUACUAGCGGCUCCUGUGGAGGACACAUGUUUGGUGUGCUGUGCACGGGGAUCAGCUCUUCUGACCUUGGUCACCAGAGACACACACGGCGCAUAGAUAUACUUGUGGAUAAAGCACUCAUACACAUAAAAUCAAACCAAAUCGCUGUGUAGUGGUGGCACACAACUCUGAUCACUGGAAGAAGAGGCAGGAGUAUCUCUGAGCUUGAGACAUGCCUGCCUACCGAGUGAGUUCUAGGAAAACCAGGACUACACAGAGAAACCCUGUCUUGAACAAAAAAAAAAAAAAGGAAAAAAAGAGAAAAAAGUAAUAAAGCAUAAGGGUAGUGCCCAUGUUGUUGGCAUCUAUAGUCUGUUCAGGUGCGCCACGGCAUUUUAGGAGACAGUUCCUGGGCUGCAGGUGUGUGAGAGGGAGUACCUUGUCAUUAACUGUGGUUGUUACGGAGCAUAGUAGAUCUCUUGAGCUUGGAUUUAUGCCUGCUGUCAACAGAUAUUUGGUGGACUCACGUAUCUUCUUAAGUCAUCAUGAGGGGCUUCAAGAAAGUUUCAUUAUCUGUAGGAAAUCGCUAUCAAUCACAGGCAUUCAGCACCAUGCACCCCUGGACAGCUCCCGGAAGCCGCUCUUUCCGGAACUAUAUGUCCACUUUCCUGUUUCCUGUCGGAAGCAUUUGAUAGUUGCAUUCAUAGCUGGGAGGUGGACUGCUUUCCGGAGCCGGUAGGCGUUGCAGAACGAUUGGCAGCAGGGAGGACCAAUAGAAUCAGGGGACUGUCGAAUGGCGCUGACAGCGUCCAAUAGACGCUGGCGUGGGCGGGGCGUGGGCAGCGGCUUGCAGACCCGGGGGUCUCGGCUGGUCCGCUGCGGCGGGGUCCGGACGGCGCGGCGGUUGGCGGCAGGCGGCACCGGCCGGAGGCUCUGGGGCCUGGCGGAGAAGGGGGCGUCGGUUUCCCAGAGCUGUGGGUGCAGCCGGUGCCCUAACUUUGACAUCCGUCCCAGCCUCUGUUUGCACACUGGGGCAGGGUCUCACACUUGAGUCCAGAACUCCUGACUGGGUCAAUGUGUGUUCACCACGUCCUGGCCAUCAAGGAUCUACAGAAUCACAUAGGAACAGCCUACGCUUUGGCCACCACAUCCGCUCAGCCACCUGUCACCUCACGCCUGCUCUGCACCAGGCCUUGAGCUGCCGGGCAGAGCCAUGAACCCCCAGCCCUGCGGCUGGGGCCGGUAGCCCCUGAAGCUCUGGUGUGUGACUCCAUGUGUGGUUUGGCCCUGCGGUGACCGGUGUGACCCUGGUGGCCACCAUGACUAAGCUCCUGGUGGCGAAGCUCCUCUGCAUGGUGGGCAUGUUCUUCUUCAUGCUGCUGGGCUCGCUGUUGCCCGUGAAGGUCAUUGAGGCCGACUUCGAAAAGGCACACCGCUCGAAAAAGGUCCUUUCUCUGUGUAACACCUUCGGGGGUGGUGUCUUCCUGGCCACGUGUUUCAACGCCCUGCUGCCUGCAGUGAGAGACAAGCUGCGGCAGGUGCUGAGCCUGGGCCACAUCAGCACGGACUACCCGCUGGCCGAGACACUCAUGAUGGUGGGCUUUUUCCUCACCGUGUUUGUGGAGCAGCUGGUGCUGACCUUCCGCCGGGAGCGGCCGCCUUUCAUCGACCUGGAGACCUUCAACGCAGGCUCGGACGCCGGGAGCGACUCGGAGUAUGAGAGCCCGUUUGUGGGUGUGGGCAGCCGCAGCCGCGGGCUUUUCCCCGAGCCCACAGCGCACACACAUGGUGCAGGGCUGCGGCUGCGGGAGCUAGGACGCCCCGGCCCACUGCGGCUGCUCAGCUUGGUAUUCGCGCUGUCGGCACACUCGGUGUUCGAGGGCCUGGCGCUGGGGCUGCAGGAGGAGGGUGAGCGUGUGAUCAGCCUGUUUGUGGGUGUGGCUGUCCACGAGACGCUGGUGGCCGUGGCCCUGGGCAUCAGCAUGGCCCGCAGUGCAGUGCCGCUGAGGGACGCAGCCAAGCUGGCAGUGACCGUGAGCGCCAUGAUCCCCGUUGGCAUCGGGCUGGGCCUGGGCAUCGAGAGCGCCCGCAGCGUGGGCAGCAGUGUGGCCUCGGCGCUGCUGCAGGGCCUGGCCGGUGGCACCUUCCUGUUCGUCACCUUCCUGGAAAUCCUGGCCAAGGAGCUGGAGGAGAGGAGCGAGCAGCUGCUCAAGGUGCUGUUCCUCGUGCUGGGCUAUGCCGUCCUGGCCGGCAUGGUCUUCCUCAAGUGGUGACGGCACUCGCCUGCCUGUCACCUGCUGCCCACCCGAGCUGUGGGUUUCCACAGGACACACAGGUCACGUCCUGCGCCAGCCGCACUCCAGGGCCACGACCCACACGGGGCUUCCCGCACUCCACCCACUGAUAAUGCUUUCAAAAGAAGUCUUAAAGUUCUUUACCAAAGCCUUGUGGCCAUGUCACCUCAUGUCCCCGUCACUCCACCUGUCCCUGCCAACACUGCUGAGCCACCAGGGAUGGAGCAUGGGGAGCCGCUGCACCCUCCACCCCAUGUUCCCAACAUGUUCUGUGUAGCCCAGGCCCUGCCCGCCAUUGUCACCCGAGUUUUUCCAGUUGCUCCAGCAUGCCGUGUGACAGGUGCAUCAAAUGAGCAAGGAUCUCCUUCCCAGGGGACAGCCCAGCACUGGCCAGCCCUCAGGAACCCACUCUUGCUCCCAGAGUGGAUGGGGGCCGCGACUCCAGGGCCAAGCGUAUGGUCUCCUGGGAGGGAGUGGGACGUGGAGAGUGACUUGGUGGUCAUGUCUGAGUUACAUCCUCACCACUGGGGUCUCCAGAAGACACAAGGGGAGACUCCCAGGAUGCAGGCAGGAACUCAGCUCCUAGCAACCAUGGUGCCUGUCGCCAUGGCAACACUAGCAUCCUGGGACAACCUGAGUGAGAACUCUUCCUCUGGGGACUUAAGGCUACCCCUUUUCAUGACCUUGGCUCUGUCCACCAGGCACCACCUCAACAUUGUCCCCUUGGUGGCUGGAUGUCAGACUCCUACCUAGUGCCCCAUCACCAUGGCAAGGUGACCCCCUGCCUGGGUCCUACUCAGAAGAUAUGAGGUACAAAGAACAGGGCCUUGGGGACAACCGGGCCUUAGGCAGUGGCCCCAGAGCCCCAGGGCCUGGGCCACCUCAGUGUUGUAAUAAGCCAGGGUUCACAUGGCACUUCCAGACAUCAGGGCGUGCGGGACCUGGUGCCUCCAGGGAGGGACCAACUGUUGAUACCAUGAAGUCUAACCCCGUCUCUGCAGGUGUGGGGACACGCCCACAGUGCCACCUGGCACUCCCCUAGUGCUUUUCUUCAGCCCUCCACAUAACACCCAUAGGACAUCUAAGUGUUCCACAUCUUCCCUUGAGCCCAGGUGAGCCCCAUGGAGCCACUGUGCCAGCGCAGGUGACAAAAGACCAUACCCGAGUAGGACGUGCCUGAUCCCUGUCUGACCAUCCCAGCAGGAAGACUGUACCCCCUAUGGCUGCAUUAAGUGGGACCCUUUCCCCAGCACCAACUACUCUGCCCCUGGGAACACCAGCAAGCCUGUGUGCCUGUCACCAUGGACCUGGUCCCCUCCCCAUCAAUCCUCUGAGUCUCUGAGAGUCAUCCCAAGCACCAGCUCCCUGGCAACUGUGGGAGCUUCUGCCUCCCCUACAGACCUUUGGGUCCAGGUAGCAGCAUCCUUAGAGGGGUGGGGAUCCCAGGCCCAGGAGACACCCGCCAUCACUCCUCAGGCCUGCCUGGCCACGUGUGUAGUGGGCCUGGGAACUCACGAGACCCUCGGUAUUCCCGUGCUGUGGACUAGGACUCGAGCAGGUCACGGUCGGGAGCUUAUGUCAGUGAAACCAGUCACAUCUCAUAUUGGAGUGCAAAGAAGCAGGGUGAGCAUCCUGCCUGGCACCACAGUGACCCCUCCCCGAGGUGGUCCCUCUGACUGCGCAGGUAUAACUGGAGAGGUGGUACCGCCCAUGGCCACCCACACACACCGCCUCCUGUGGGGACACAGCAGGGAGAAAGCGGGAUGUGAGGAGAGGGUGGGGAGGGCGGCCCAACUUCACUGCUGAUCUGUAAUAACAUGUCAGCCUCUCAGGGCUUGUUUGUGUUCCACUAACAGAAGUUAUUAGUGCAGCAGGCGAGAUCAGCAGGCAGCUCCUGGCGCCCUGCCUCUCUUGCUGCUGCAGGGGGCCAGGACGGCCAUUGCCUGCAUCCCACCCGCCCAAGGGAGCACCUCAGUCUGGGUUCCCCCAUGGGGGCUGGGGCCUUCUGGGUGUCGGCAGACUCCACUUGCCCUUACCCAGGAGCUCCCUGAUCUGGGACAAACACGUGUCCCAGAUGUCUCCCUGAGUCUUCCAGGGGAGGGGGGUCACACAUGUAAGUCGUCCCCAUGACCCCGUGUACUUAGGAAGCUGCCAUUCAGCUGAGAGGAAUGAAAUGAACACGUCAGUAUCAUCAGGUACUGUCCCCACAGAAGGGAGAAAAGUCAAGGGACAAGGCUGAUAAAGAACUCAGUGGGCAAGGGGGGAGUUGUCACCAAGCCUGAGACAGAACUGACUCCUGCCAAUUGGCCUGCUCCUACAGGUGCUCAGUGGCACCUGUGCAGGCACAGGUGUGUGCUCCCCCCAUGUAAAAAAAAAUGAGUUUUUUUUUGAUUUUGGGGGGUUUUACUUUGUUUUUGUUUUGAGACAGGGUCUCUCUUUGUAGCCCUGCCUGUCCUGGAACUCGCGCUGUAGCCCAGGCUGACCUCGAACUCACAGAGAUCCGCCUGCCACCCAGCUAAGAAAAUUGUUUUUAAACCGGGCAUAAUAUCCAUGACUAAUCCCAGCAUUCCAGAGGCAGAGGCUGGUGGAUAUCUGUGAGUUCCAGGCCAGCCUAAUCUACAAAGUGAGCACUGUCUCAAAAAAUACACUUAGCGGGGCUGGAGCGAUGGCUCAGUGGUUA